AAGACACGAGCUGAUCGAUAGCUUCCUUUCCAGGGAGCCAUGGCGCCCGAUGAGCGGCAGGCGGUGCGUGCAGGGUAUGCAACCCAUGGAGAGCGGCCAGAUGACAAGACUUGGGCCCAUUUGCUGCCCAAAGUAGAGCUCCACGUUCACCUGGACGGCGCCUUCGACCCUGCACUGCUCUUCGAGUUGGCCAAGAAGCGCUUGGGGGAGCUUCCGGAAAACACGGAGAGCGCGGUCACGGGCAAGGCCAUGGCUGUGCGCGACAAGGUGGCGAGCUGUGAGAAGCUCGAGGACUUCGAGAAGCUGAUCACCUGCAAAGGCCAGAGGUCCUUGAAGGCCAUGCUGGACUGCUUCAACAUCUUUUUGCCCUGCGUGCGCGGAGACCUCAAUGCUGUGGAGGAGAUGAGCUACCGUUUCUGCUGCCGCCAAGCCAAGGAGAACGUGGUCUACACCGAGGAAUUUCCUCGAGAGGUCUGGCCUGGCUUAGUGCGGUACUCCCCGCACCUUCUGCUGGACGGGGAGUACUUCUCGGGCGAGACCAGGCUGGACCCGGAGGCGGCAGUGGCUGCAGUGACCCGAGGCCUCAGAAGAGGCUGCCGGGAGCACGGCAUCGUGGUGAACCAGAUCCUGUGCUGCAUCUCCUUCCAGCCCUCCUGGUCCACCGCCAUCGUGGACUUGGCGCUGAAGCACCGCGACGCCUUCCCCUGCGCCGUGGUGGGCAUCGACGUGGCGGCGGGGGAGGUGGGGGACGACCCGGCGCAGCAUGCGCCGGCCUUCCAACGAGCCAACGAGCUCGGCAUCAAGGCCACGCUCCAUGCAGGGGAGAUGGGAGGCCCGGAGAACGUGCGGCACGCGGUGUUCGACUUCCGAGCGGCCCGAGUGGGGCACGGCUACGCGGCGGCGGACCAGCCUGAGCUUCUCAAGGCUUGUGUGGCAGAGGGCGCCCACUUCGAGGUUUGCCCCACGUCCUCCCAGGAGACCGGGGCCUGGCACUACACCGACGACAAGCCGCCCUGGCCGAAGCAUCCCUUGCACGCCAUGUUGGAGGCAGGCGCCUCUGUGUCCAUCAAUUCAGAUGAUCCCUCGGUCUUCGUCACGGACCUCACGGAGGAGUUCUGCGUUUGUCUCCGCGCGGGGCUGACGCGCCAGGAGGCGCUGCAGCUGAACCGAAAUGCGCUGCAGGCGGCCUUCGGGGAUCGCAAGGAGCUGCAGGAGGUGCGAAGACUGAUUGACGCCUACGCGAUGCAGAUGGAUCCAGUGAGUGUCAGCGCUUAAGCACUGAAUGAAAUUUGUGUCCCCGGUGGAUCUCUGUUUACCCUGGAUGACCAA